AUGGAGUUCCUCCCGCCCGAGGGCGCCCACGCCGCGAAUAAGGGCAAGGCGAAGGAGACGUACACCCGCGCGCGCCUCGCGUGGUAUUACCGUCCGAGCGACGUCAGCGAUCGUCCCGUGCAGGACCCGCGCCUGCUCCUAGCCGCUAUUUACUCCGAGGUCUGCGAUAUCAGCCAGCUGCGCUCGCGGUGUUUUGUCGUUCACCGCGACAAAAUCACCGAUCUCGCGGGCUGGAAGAAACGCCCCGACCGGUUUUACUUCAAUCGGCUGUUUGACCCGUACAUUAACAAAGAGUUCGAGGUCAUCCAGGCCAAGGACAUCCGAAACGUACCCGACAUCGUCAGAGACACGCUCAACUCGCGCUACGAGUUCGUCGUGGCCGAGAAAGAGGCCGUUCCUGACCUGACAGACCUUCCUCGCCUCUGCGGUACGUGCAACACCUGGUGCCCCACGCCCGAGACGGUGCAGUGCGAUCGGUGCAAGAAGUACUUCCACAUGGGCUGCGUGCAGCCCCCGCUGCUCGCGAAGCCAUCGCGCGGGUACGGCUGGACGUGCGCGCCGUGCUCGAAGCGGCACGCGGAGGAGGUCGACAGCCACGACGUGCGGCACCCCGCGCCGGCGCAGACGAAGCCCAAGACGAACGCGCCGGCGCCGCGGGGCAGGGGGCGCCCGCGCAAGGACCGGAGUCUCGCCGAGAAGGAGGAGGCGAGCGAGGUCAAGCACUUCAAGAUGUGGCCGUUCCGCUACUUUGGGCAGUACACGGUCGCGGAGGACACACUAGACCCUGACGAUCUCAUCUUUCCGCGAACGGCAACUCGGGUGGGCCCGAAGUACCAGGCCGUCAUCCCGGGAAGCACGGAGGGCAUCUCCAUCCCUGUACCCACAGAAGAGCGCGGCGGGGAUGAGACGAUCGAGGUCCUUAGUGCAGUGCACUCCAUGUCCAAAGAAGAAGCUGACGAGGUCGACGAAAGGAUGAAGACCCUGACGCGGAAGCAAGAGCUUCUGCACAGCGUGGACUGGCUCACCGAGGCUGUGCGCCGCUUUUCCCAAGCGUGGCUGGCUGGCCGCGGGGGGUUCACCGUCGACAUGAGCAGCAACACCCGCCAGGAGAAGUGGAAGAGGGGUGAAACGCGGUACACAGACAGACCGUGGUCACCGGACGAGGUCGCCGCGUUUGAGGAUGGCAUCAUGGCCCAUGGCGCCGAGCUCCGCGCCGUCUGUGAAGAGGUUGCGACGCGCCCUAUGCCAGAGGUCGUUCGCUUCUAUGGACAGUGGAAAAACUCCAAGCUCAAGGAAGAAAACGCGCGCCGCAAAGCGCGCAGCCUCCUCACCAAAGACGCGGACAAGGAGCCCGCAGUGAACCCCGUGGGCAGACGGCCCGGCAUCGUAGCCGACGACGACGAGGGCUCGAUCGUGCACGGCAACGGGCGCACCAGCUACAGCUGCGGCGCGUGCCGCACGCGCGACUCGCCCGUGUGGUGGAAGGCGCCCAAGGGGCUCGUGACGGACGUGCUGUGCGACGCGUGCGGCACCAACUGGCGCAAGUACGCGGACAUCAACGUGCGCCCGGUGAGGGAGGAGACUGCGGUGGUCGCCGGCAGCGUGGUGAGCGUGGUGGGUAAGCCGCCGAAGAACGGCGGCGAUAAGCGCGAGGGUGCGAUGUUGAAUGGGCCGACGUCGAAGCGGCUGAGGAAGACUUCCACGGCAACGUCGAUUUCUUCACCGCCGCCAUCUACAACACCGCAGAUGCGCUGCAUGGCGUGCCGUCACAAUGGCCCGGUGGGAAAGGUCAUCAAGUGCCAGAGAUGUCAAUUCCGGGCUCAUGCGGGAUGCUGCGGCGCCGUUCUGGAUGACAAUAACGUAGAGUCGUGGACGUGCGAUAUGUGUCAGAACGAGGAGACGCUCGAGGCUUCUUUCAGCGGAGCCUGUGUCUUGUGUCCCCGAGGAAAGACGAUGAAGAAGCAAGACCUGCAGUCCGCGGACUCCUACCUCCGCGCUGCGAAGCCCACCGAAGGGCAAGGGUGGGCACACGUCCUGUGCUCGGUGUUCGCGCCGGAGGUAACGUUCACUGACGUGUCGAGGCUCCGGUUCGUCGAGGGCAUCAGCACUAUGCCACAGCAUCGCUGGCAGUCUCGCUGUUCGUUAUGCUACGAGGUCAGCGGCGCGACUAUCCGCUGUGCAGACUGCGCGGCGGAGUACCACGCGUCAUGUGCAUGGACGUACGGGCACAAAUUCGGCUUUGAGGUUCAACAGGUCCGCCGGCGCGACGGCACCUUCGUCAACUUCCGCGGCGUCUCGGGCAUCAUGGCGCCCGUCGUGUACUGCCGCGACCACCACAGCGACACCUCCGCGCGGCGGCAGCACCCGCACCCGCACCCGCACCCGCCGAACCCCAUCUUCGAGCUGUGCGACGUCGACGAGGCCGGCUCGGGCGAGACAGCGCUGCAGGUGUACUGCCGCACGUACAAGCAGGCGCCCGUCGCGCAGGCGCACGGUCUCCUCCGCAAGGCGCGCAGGAUGGACGCGGUGCUCCUCGCCUCUUACUCUGACCACGGAUCUGGCUCUGGAUCUGGGCACGCCGCGAUGGUCGCCGGCGGAGACAGGCCGGUCACUGCGAUUGACGUGGACGACGACGACGACGACGAGGCGCCGUCGAGGAGCGCGUCGUCCUCGCCCGCGCAGCCGCAGACGCCGACGGACCCCGUGUGCAGCAAGUGCAGCACGGAGUACUCCCCGUUCUUCCACUACUACGGCAAGGAGGAGAACGGCGACGACGUGCACAUGAGCAAUGGCGACGGAAACAGCAACGGCAACGCAAACGGAAACGGCUUCUCUGCGAUGCCGGUCGCGGCUGUGUCCCCGAGCUGGACGUGCCACCGGUGCUUUACGAACGAGCGCAAGACCGCCAUCAGCACCAUAUUCUGACGGACGCUCGCUCGUUCGUUCGUUUGUCAUUUUGACCAGGCUCUAGACCCCUAAUUCCCCUUCUCAAUUAUGGAUGUAUAUCGCUAUGCGCACAAAACAUAGGCUACCUCGUUUGGCUACGUAAUCAUUAGUUUGGACCCUCCGACGUGCGGAGAGGUUCCGGGGGCGGUUGUUGGAUAGUAGCGCUUCGUACAUAGAGAUUGUGAGAUGGAGAUGGAGGGUGGAGAUGCACUAGGCUUCAGGGCGAGACGAUGGUUUACAAAACCAAAACAGGAAGAGACAGCGACGAGCGGGUAGUAAUGAUGGAUAUAUCACGUCGACGUAUACGUAGAGUUGAUUGAGAUUGGUUCAGCAAAAAAGACAAAAGAGCAAAAUAAAGAACUUGAUUUCUGACAAGACAAUGGGGGUAACAAGGAGACGAACAAACAAACAGAGAUUCCAAAUAAGCACAACUGUUAAAUAGAUACUUAGUAUAAGAGGGUCCAUGCCACCAAUGCCAGCGUUACUAGCUAGCUAGCUAAGGUAUAGUAGUAGUAGUGGCUCUAGGUUUUGACCCGCUUGUAGUACAACACGUAUGCCGGACGGCCCACAACCUCUUUAGCAUCCGUCGGCCGCACACUACUGUCAUCGCAGUACGCCCAGCCUCCUCGCGAAGCAAUGAACGCGGUAUAGUGCCCAUUGCUCAGAUUCCCAAAAUGAUUCGUCACGCCGUACAGAUCAUACCGGUACGGCGGCAUCUGCGUGCGCGGGUCGUCCAGCGACGGGCCGGGCGAUCCCGAGCCCCCAAGCUGCGGAUAUCCAUUGAUCAGGCCGCCCCCGGCGCCAGACGACGACGACGGCAGCGCGGGCUUGUGCACGCCCGGCGGGAGCGGCGGCGGCAUGUAGUUCGUCAGGUCGAGCCCCUUGAGCGGGAAAUCGACGACGUUCUCGAUCUUGUCCGAGAACGGACCCUUGAACGAGAAGCGCUUGAGGUGGAUGAGGAGGAUGGGCGGGAGGCGGGAGAGCGAGAGGAGCUUCGUGGCCUUGCGCAGGGUUUUGCAGUUCGGGCAGUGCCAAGCCUCCGACUUCUCCAACACCUCCUCCCUCACGAACGCGUCCAAACACGCAUACAAGCUCACCUUCGCCGUCCGGCUCGGGUUCGGAAUCGGCAGCGAGAGAUACAUAAACGAGUUAUACGUCGUCGACGUCUUGUGGCACGUCAUGCACUCCAUCCUAUUCCGGAACUGGCCCUGGAAAAAGUCCACGAUCACGCUGUCGUUGCGUAUCCGGUAGAUCGUCCACUCCUGCUCCCCCGCGAUCUGCUGCGGCAGCCGCUCGAGCUCGGCCUCGCGCUCGGGCGUCGGCUCCGACAUCGCGGGCUUGUGCAGGAUCCGGUUCAGGUCCUCGUGCAGCCCGUCGAGCAGGAAGGAGAGGAACUCCUGCGAGUCGUGCUGGUCCGAGCCGCCAAACUGCGGCGCGUGCGCGCAUAUGGAUUUCCGGAAAACACCAGGAUUCAAAUACGGCAGCUCCGAAUGCGACAUCUCAUACACGAACCCCGCAAACGCCCGCGUCAGCUCGCCCUUCGUCCCCAUCGGAUUAAGCAUGUUCACCGCGCUCUUCCACCUUCCGUCCGUGAAGAACCGCGCAAACGGCACCGUCGCCGCCAGACACUGCAGCGUCGAGUUCAUAUAGCACGUGUUCCCCAGGUUCUUCAGGCCCGCAGACGCAGGCUGCAUAUCCGACCAGUACGUCACGGGAUAGUCCGACUGGAUCGUCGGCGGCCUCGGGAUCACCAUCCCUCCCGCAUUCGCGGCCGACGUCGACGCGAUGCUCUGCACCGAGUGCCGCAGCUCGCGCCGCUCGCUCGACGGCGACGCGACGGGUGGCGGCGGGCGUAGAAUGUGCUGCGACGACAGCGUCGGGUAGUCGAUCGACACGCGCUGCGGCAACGCGUAUCCACCAGAGGCGGCGGCGGCGGAACCCGAGCCGGUCCCCUGCGCGUCGAUGUACUCGCUUCGUCUUCUCGAGAGCGUCGAUGAGCUGAUGGACGCCUGCGGGGGCAUCGAGAGUCCGCCGAGGCCUACGGCGGAGAAUGACGAUUGAGGGGAUGAUGCACCUGUUCCGGUAGUUUGUGGGCUGAGCGCGCGUGCGGGGAAGGAGGGGUACUGGAUGGGAGAAGUGACGCCAUUGAGGUGUGGGGAGGGUAUGCUUGCAGGGGCAGAGGAGCCGUUUUCGAGACCAUUAUACCCAUACGAUAUACUGGACCGAGCCUGGGGUGGCCGACGCCCCACAGAGACAGGGCCGUUCAGAGGCGCCUCUGGCAGCCGCCUCCGCUCCUCUGGAUCUGGUGACACCUUCUUCUCACCCGAAAUGGACACAGGACCCGCCCCGUUGACCUCUGGCGGAGCCUUAAAGAAUCCAGUCAUAGUCGGUGGCGGCGACGUCACCGGCAUGGAGGGCGUAGCUGGCAUCGACGACCCCGAGCCCGACAACGACGGCCCAAGCGGCGACGGCAGCGGCCUGCUCAUCCUCUUCGCACUCGCACUCGCACUCGCACCCCCAUCCACCACCAAACCAUUCGACGACGGCGCCAUCGACGGCGAGGACGCGGCGGAGGACGACCCAGCGCCAUACACAACCUCGUCCUCCCCGACCUCCCUCUUCCACGCGCGCAGCCCGCCAAUAAGCAGCAUCGGCGUGUGCUUCAAGAUCUUCCUAAACUCCUUCUCAUACACCGCCCGCGCGAACGACGAAAUCGGACCAGACGCGCCGUCGUACGUCUCCGACGCGUCGUCGUACACCACCACCACAUCAAACUUCUCCCGGUUCGUGAAGAGCGCCCACUCGGUGCGCGGAGCGACCGUGAGCGAGUCUUCGAGCAUCACGCCGGAUACAUUCGCGCGCGCCAGCACCGUCGACUCGAUGCACACAACCGCGUCCCCGCGUAUAUGCUCCCGCUCGAACGCGUCCCGCGACCGGAUAUCCACCAGGAGCACCUUCAUCCCCGGCCGGUUCAUGAAAUCGUGCAGCAUCCGCGGCUGGAUCGAGUUGGACACGGGUAUCGUCGGCUUGUCGCUUGAUGACGGUGCUUGCG